UCUCUGAUCAUCUCCUAUUAUGUAAGGUCCCUUUGUCGGAUGUUGACGGGACUGUGGUGGAUCGUUCUUGGGAUGGUCCCUCCACCUUUCCCAAUAAACUGCAUGGUCUUCAACAUUGGUCUGGUAGGACCCUGGUCCUGUGAUCCUUUUCUAUCCAAGGCUUUCCCCGAAUUGGCCACCAAGUUGGCCAUGGAGCGGAUCAAGAAGGACCCUUCUGUUAAUGGCGCUCAGCAACUGGGCUGCUCUUUGUAUGAUGAAGACUGCCAAACUAGCCAAGCCCUGGCUGGGUUCACCAGGGACGCAAAGCACGCUUCGGCUUUCAUUGGGCCCCUGAACCCUGGCUACUGCGUCUCGGCCUCUUUGCUUGGGAUGGGAUGGAAUAAAGCCCUUUUCUCCUGGGCAUGCCUUAGCGAGGAGCUGGACAACCCAAGCCAACACCCAACCUUUGUCAGGACCUUGCCCUCUUCGACCGGCGUCCUCCUGGCUGUCUUGAAGCAUUUCCGAUGGGCUCACGUCGGCAUCGUCUUUUCCAAAGAGGACCUUUGGGUCGAGACGGCCAACAAGCUAGCCGUCGCACUGAGAAACCGAGGUCUGCCGGUCGGAGUUGUGACAUCAAUGGGGAAAGGAGAUGAGGCCGUUGAAGGGACUUGGGAAAAGAUCCAGGCCGAUGGAAGCGUCAAAGUUCUCAUUCUCUGCAUGCAUUCUGCCCUCGUUGGAGGUGAAGACCAAGCGACGUUCCUCACCAAAGCUCAGGAAAUGGGCCUGACUGACGGGAGAUAUGUCUUUGUACCAUACGACACUCUCUUCUACAGCCUUCCCUACGAAAACCAUUCCCACUUCAUUCUUGAAAACGACCAUGUCUUCCGACAAGCUUACGAUGCCGUGUUGACUAUUACUUUACAGUCUGGGGAGAGAAGCUUUUACGAGGCAUUUGACGCUGCAAAACAACGAGGUGAAAUAACACUAGACUUGGAACCACAACAGGUCUCUCCCCUCUUUGGCACAAUCUACGAUGCGAUUUACCUGGUCGCGAAAGCUUUGGCCAAAGCGAAUCACCACAAGCCCUCUGAGCUCUUUGGGAAGUUGUUGACCCAACAUGUCAAGAACCUUGACUUUGCCGGUUUCAGCCGCAGGGUCCAGAUGGACAGCAAAGGAAGGCCACUGGCCAAGUAUGUGAUCCUGGACUCAGAUGGCAAAGGGAGCCGCCUCCUCCCAACCUAUUUGCUGGUGACCUCUUCCAAAUUGCUCCCCCUUGGGAGUGGGAUCCACUUUCCCGGAGGAAAUCUUCUUCCAGAAGAUUCUAGCUGUUGGUUUGAUCCAGGUGUUCUCUGCAUUAGAGGGUCGGACCCACCGCUGGUGGUCUUGGUGUUGCUGCCUCCCCUCUUGCUGUUGCUUUUUGGCUUGUGCCUCGCGUACCUCAUCAGGCACGGUGCUCUCUAUCACCAGGUUCUCCAAGGCUCUAAGAAGUUCCUGCUGUCUCUGGAUGACCUCACUUUUGUUCACACCAGACUGAGCAGAAUGAGACUGACGCUGGAUAACCUCAGCGAGUGCAAGAGCAACUCAGAAGGCCGAAGUUUGAGAUCUGCAACCUGUUCCUUGUCGGUGAAAAGCACGGUUGUGACGUUCGAAACUUCCAACGUGGCAGUAUAUGAGGGAGACUGGGUAUGGCUGAAGAAGCUGGAGUCUGGAGUCAUCACUGAUUGGAGACAGAAUACUGCUUCCUUGCUGAGCAAGAUGAAAGAUGUUCGCCAUGAAAACAUAAACCCCUUUUUUGGCCUUUUGUCUGAUGGAGCCCUCUCUGCUCUUGUGAUGGAGUAUUGCUCCAGAGGGAGCCUGGAAGAUUUACUACAAAAUACGGAUUUGAAGCUGGAUUGGAUGUUCAAAUCAUCUCUUCUGAUGGACUUGAUCAAAGGCAUGAAGUAUUUGCACCACCAAGACCUUUGCCACGGGCGUCUCAAGUCCCGUAACUGUGUGGUGGAUGGACGAUUCGUACUGAAAGUCACCGACUACGGUUACACUGGGCUGUUGUCCGCACAAAGCACUCUACGCGUUCAACCCCCAGCAGAAGAAUUGCUCUGGACAGCUCCUGAGAUCCUUAGAGACCUGCAGCUGUACCCCAAGGGCACUUUCAAAGGAGACGUUUACAGUUUUGCCAUUGUUUUGCAAGAAGUUCUCGUCCGGGGCCCUCCAUAUUGCAUGUCUGAAGUACCAGCUGAAGAAAUUAUACGCAAGUUGCAGAAGCCCCCGCCUUUGUACCGCCCCAACGUUCCUCCAGAAGAUAACCCUCGGGAGUGUAUCCGGUUGAUGAAGCAAUGCUGGAGUGAAGCCCCUGAACGAAGACCCACAUUCGAUGAGAUCUUUGAACAGUUCAAAGCCAUCAACAAGGGCAAAAGGACCAACAUUAUUGACUCUAUGCUGCGGAUGCUGGAGCAGUACUCCAGCAACCUGGAAGAAUUAAUCCGGGAGCGGACCGAGGAGCUGGAGAUGGAAAAGCAGAAGACAGAACAACUGCUGACCCAAAUGCUUCCCGUGUCUGUGGCAGAGACACUGAAAACGGGGGGCACCGUUGAGCCGGAGUAUUUUGAGGAGGUCACCAUCUACUUCAGUGACAUCAUUGGCUUCACGGCCAUCUCUGCCCUGAGCGAGCCCAUCCAGAUUGUGGACCUUCUCAAUGACCUUUACACGCUCUUCGAUGCCAUCAUUGGCCAUCACGAUGUUUACAAGGUGGAAACCAUUGGGGAUGCUUAUAUGGUUGCUUCUGGACUUCCGAAGCGCAACGGGCAAAGGCACGCUGCUGAAAUCGCCAACAUGGCCCUGGAUAUCCUCAGCUCUGUGGGGUCGUUUAAGGUGAAACACCUCCCCGGGGUGCCCAUCAGGAUCCGGAUGGGGCUCCACUCAGGUCCUUGUGCUGCCGGAGUGGUGGGUCUGACCAUGCCUCGGUACUGUCUCUUUGGCGAUACUGUGAAUACGGCUUCCCGGAUAGAAUCCACCGGGCUGCCCUUCAGGAUCCACAUCAGCCAAAGCACCAUGAAAACACUUCGGAGCCUAAACGAAGGUUACAAAAUUGACUUCAGGGGGAAGACCGAACUGAAGGGGAAAGGUUUGGAAGAAACAUACUGGCUGGUAGGGAAGAAAGGGUUCCUGAAGCCACUGCCUCGCCCUCCUGAAAUGCGCCCAGGGUGA